GGGAUCUGGGGAACCAAUGGCACGCCUCAAACACACCAAGAACAAGGCGGUCGGCGGCAGCAAGCCCACCAAGUCGCCGAGGAAAACUUUGGCGUCAAGACAGGGAGGCGGGGGAUCCGGUGACGGCGGCGAACCUCGGAAGCGAAGGCGUUUCCGUCCAGGGGAGCGGGCUUUGAAGGAGAUCAGGGCUUACCAGCGCACGACGGAGCUGCUCCUGAGAAAGCUCCCUUUCGCGCGAUUGGUGAAAGAGGUGCAGGAGACGUUGACACCAGCAGGGAAGUCGUACCGGUGGCAGGCGGCGGCUCUGCUGGCAUUACAGGAGGCGGCGGAAGCUCACCUAGUGUCUCUCUUCGAGGACGCAAACCUUUGCGCACUACACGCCAAGCGAGUGACGAUAAUGGUCCGGGACUUCCAGCUAGCUCGCAGGAUUCGAGGGCAAAGCCGAGAGUGAGCAAGAUAAAAGUAUCGGGGCAUGUGUUCGUACGGAUACGGGGGGUCGUGUCUUCGGGAGGGAGAGGGGAGCGGGAUCAGCUGGGCGGGCAAUAACGAAAAGGCCGCAGCAACAAUCAUCCAGCCCCGGUUCACUUUGGUGAUUGGUUGUGCUUCACAAGCCCUGCUGUGGGCAAUAGAGCGUAGUGGCGCAGAACUUUCGAUUUGUUUUUUCCACGAGCUGUGUCGUUCGUUUUAAGUCAGUAAGGGUCACAGACGACUCUGUGCCGUAAGUGAGAGAGAGUAUCGACCGUGUUUUCGGAUUCGCAAAUCCUCCUUGUGACCCCCCCCCCCUCCCGGAUGUAUUCAGUAUCUACCGCAGGAAGGGACGAGAAUGCUUGCUUUCUGCGAAUCGGUAUGUUUCGCUCGGUCUUGGGUUCAGCUGGAGUCUUGCUUCGAUUUUGGCCUCUCUAACCUCUUUUUUAGAGAACUGUACACUAUGUUGGAGGGAAUUUCGAAUCUAUUUAAUGGGUCGCUUGACAAAUAGCAAGGGCAUGGGCUGAGGGGAACGAAAGCGGCACGGGAGACGGGGGCAGCACGCACACGAACAGAUGCCAGUCGUGUUUUCGGACACGGAGAGCAUGCCGUGCCUUUGCCUCGCCGGGCGAGACGCGCAGUUGUCAUCGGAAUGGCCUUGUGGGGCGGGCGGGCAAUGCCGGGGCGAAUCCUCGAGGGGGGAGGGACGCUUGCGACAGAGGUAGGGGGGAAGCAAGGGAGGAAGGGCACCACCUGGCCUCCCCAGCUGUUCUGGGUUUUAUUUUAUUUUCGUUCGGCCGUUUCUCUGCGCCGUGCCGAUCGUCCCUCAACUCACUUGGCAGGCCCGCCAGCUGAAGUUGCUUCAGACUGGAACAGCGGUGCAUGCCGCUAGGGCUGGGGGCUACAGUUCGGUAUACUAUGGAUUGUGUGUUUUUGUUCGUCGUGUAGGUGAAAAAGUCGCUGCUUUGCCCCCCGUCCCUUCGCACCACUGCCUUGGUGUUUCGGCAGCACCUUCUUUCGCCGACAAGGGGGCUGUGAUUAGCGUGCAGCUGCUACGGAACGAGUUUGGUUCUUGUCGUGUUAUCUCGUGGUUGUCAUUGUCACGUCGCCCCGCUUCUUGUGGCGAGACCGUCGAGUUUUGUUGCCCACGAGGAGCUUGCAGUGGAGAAAGAACAAUAGCUAGUGCAGCUCUCUUGUCUUGUGGGAAGGGCGUGCGCAGACACAUCCACCGUUUUAACUUCGCGUUGCCAGCUAAUUUAAGCUCUGUGCUGGAGUAUUGAUUCGUGGCGGG